AAACAGAAAACUUUCGCGCCUAAACAGAACGAUUACAUUUCACAUUUCGCAAACCUCUGGAGCCUUCUUCGACACUCUUUUCUCCCUGAGCUUUGGUCAGUCUUCGUCGUCUUCUUCGCAAAACGGUUCUUUUCAAAUGUCUAAGAAACGGGGUCUUUCGUUGGAAGAGAAGCGUGAGAAGAUGCUUGAAAUAUUUUAUGAGUCUCAAGACUUCUUCCUUCUUAAGGAGCUUGAGAAGUCGGGCCCCAGGAAAGGUGUGAUUUCUCAGUCUGUGAAAGAUGUCGUCCAAAGUUUAGUGGAUGAUGACCUUGUUUUAAAAGACAAGAUAGGAACUUCUGUGUACUUUUGGAGCCUUCCUAGCUGCGCUGGAAAUCAGCUAAGGAGUGUGCGUCACAAACUGGAAUCUGAUCUCCAAAGCAGUAAGAAGAGGCUUGCAGAACUAGUUGACCAGCGUGAUGCAUUAAAGAUGGGAAGGGAGGAAUCUGAUGAACGGAAGGAGGCAUUAUUUGAGCUAAAAUCCAUCGAGCAAAAGCAUAAUGUGCUGAAGGAUGAGAUGGUACAGUUUGCAGAUAAUGAUCCAGCUGCCUACGAAGCAAUGAAGGAAGCGAUUGAAGUUGCCUAUGCAGCAGCUAACAGAUGGACAGAUAACAUCUUCACAGUGCGGCAGUGGUGUUCAAACAACUUUCCUGAGGCCAAAGAGCAGCUUGAAAACAUGUACAAGGAGGUUGGAAUAACUGAUGAUUUUGACUAUCUGGAGUUAUCAGUAGUUCCACUCAGCUCAGCUGUUGAUUAGAUGCUUGAAGCCAAUUGAACUCCUAAGGCAAUGACGAAUGGCUUAUAUUUCUCUUUUAAGUAAUUUCACGCAACUAUUUUGUACAAGUUGACAUCCAGCCUUCGACCCACCCUUUCCUACCUAAGCGCUGCUAUAUUGGUUAAAGGUUUCUGAAAUCAUAAUUCUGGGCUAAAAAUAGGGUCGACGCUUGAUUGAAAGAUACAGUGUUUGAUUCCUGUAAAUGUUUGAUUGAAUGGGAAAUCUCUUGUUUCCAACAAUGGCAGAUUCCCUGUGCUCUUAAACCUUAUAAAGAAAAUGAGUACCAUUCUA